AUGGGGUCUGGAAUACUAUCAAGGAUAAUUGGAUAUGUGCGUGACAUCGGACUGAAUACGAAGGACUCGAAGAGAGACUUUACUGCAGAGCAUCAGAAGCUUGAGUGUAAUGUAUACUUUAUUACCAGGGAUAUGAAGAGGAUUGGAGCAUACUUGCUGAAGCCUGCUGGAGACUGCAGGCCGAGGUUUGCAAUUGCAUUGCAUGGAAGAGGAUGCUCGAGAGAAUGCUAUCGCUCGGAGUCCAAGAUUGGGCUUCUGUGCAGCAUGGGAUACUAUGUACUGAUUCCCGACUACCGAGGGUUUGCAGACUCUGAGGGAGUGUUUGAGAUUGAAAAGGUGAAUCUUGACAUCAUGGCAUGCUUUGAGUAUCUGAUGGGCAAUUUUGGGGCGAAUGAGAUAGAUGUGGUAGCGCAUUCGCUCGGGACAGGAAUACUGGCGGAGUAUUGCAGGUAUGUGAGGAGUAAUGGAAUUGAGGAGUGCUUUAUGCCUCGCUGCGCAGUGAUGAUAUCGCCGUUUAUGUCUGUGAUGGAUGUUGUGUUGGAGUCUUUUGCAUGGAGGCUGUUGUGUAUGCUGAUGCCGUGGGCAAGAAGGAUUGUGAGCAGAGAGAUUGGAUACGAUGUGAUGGGAAACAUCAAGCAUAUGAAUAAAAAUGCACUGUUUAUAUAUCACGGGACCAGAGACGAUGUGAUUUCUUGCAAGCAUGCAUAUAUACUGUCGGAGAUGCAUGGCCUGAAGCUUAGGCUAAGCAAUCACGACCAUGUAUCGAUUCUUGACGAUGACGAGCUUUGGAAGGGCAUAUAUGUGGAUUUUGUGCAUGGAUGA